AUUAUUAUCAUCAUCAUCAUUUUGUUUCGAAAUUACUGCGAAUAGAAAAUUUUAAAUGCAUUUCUUUUAUGUCAAUUAGGACAUUUUAAUUUUUGCCAAAAAAAUUUACCGUAAAUAUUUUUUUUUCUUGAGUACAAAAUAUAUUCACAUUAAGAUAGAUCAAAAAUUGUAUUCAUAAAAAAGAUAUAUAAAUUACAGUGAAUGCUUAUCGCUUGUAAAUAAAGACAGGAAAGCAGAGUGUUCCCUCAAAUUAGCAGAUUUUAAUACCAAUACCUUUUUUCGCGUACCAAAAAAAUAGUUUAGGAAUAUUUUUCUUAUUUCCAAGUUGUUACAAAUUACCAGAAAAAAUAACCUUCAAAAAUAAGAAUGUUUGAGAACAUGUUCAAAUUAACGGGUGUUACAACUCCCUAUUCCGUAGCUCAAGGUGAUGUCAAUGUGAUCAAGUCUGCUCUUGGAGCAUGUCAGCACAACAGGGAAACUUUUUUUUUCAUGGAACCCCGAUUCUUGCAAGGAAUCUUUGUUGGUAUCCUCAUGUUUUAUCUAAUGUUAUACUAUACUCGCCGAUACAAAAAUAAGGUGAAUAACCUCCAAAGACGCGAUUCAUUUACCUAUGUUACCUUGCCAACUCAAGGGCCAUAUAGAGAAUUCCGUGAAGAGGAAAUGCACCAACAACAUUAAGUAAAAAGGAAGAAAUAGCAUGAAAAAACAAUGCGGCGGAAAAAGCAUAUUUGAGGAGGUGGUGGCUAAAUAGCUUAGAGGAUGUACCACAUUUGCACUUUAGAUGUGGUUCUAUUGGAAUGCCUUGUUUGAACAGUGUAAGAAGAUUCUAUGCGUCCAUGCAUAUAUAUAUAUAUAUAUAUGUGCAUGCUGCAUAU